AUGUCACAACACCCCCUUCGUCGCAUAUCGACCGGCUCGCUAUCCUCCUUGGCGCGAUCACAAGGACCCUCCAACUCCGGACUCGACUGGCUCGAACCCGCCCUCACCGACCUCGCGGAUGAGGCGGCUACUCUGUCCGCCAACAUUGGGCGGCUGAACGAGAUGCACACGGCGCUGGACAAAUUUAAUGAAGGAUUCGCGGCAUACCUCUACGCGUUGAAGGUUAACGCGUUCUGCGUCGAGUGGAACGAGGGCCCGGAUGGGAAUAGUUGGAGGAGGUUGGAGGAGUUGACUGCGCCCGAUCCCAAUCCCAAGCCAAAGCACGAAACGAAUCCCGACCCAAAGCGAGACCUGAGAUCCAGCGCUCGCUCACCCUCUUCCUCCCCUUUGGCAGGCAACAACACCUACGAGACGAUAGCCUCAUUCUCGCCGGAGCCUGGGCGUGCACAGCGGCGUGCAGCGCUUGGGGCGAAGAAACGACGCGAAGUCCAAAUCUCGGGUAUCAUCGAUACCCAACUGCCACUCGAAUACCGCGGUGGGGACGCUAACAUGCGGUUGGUCAUGGAGAAGGUUAUUGAUAAGCUUAUAGAUGCCGAGGAGGGGUUGCCUAUUGCGGCUAUCGUUUCCUCACCGACGCUGUUACAUCCGCGAGUAAACAAAGCGCUCAUUGCGCUCGUGGCGAAGAAGCUGGUCGCCAAGACGAGCGAGAAGGUUAGUCUGGUUUGA